AUGCCACUCGCGCGCUUCAUUUCGACCGAGGAGCUGAAACGCGCACGCGAACAGCACCAAAAAAUGCGCAUGGACGACCUGCGCAAGCGCAACCAGAGCAUUGCCAUGUAUACCGCGGCGGGUCUCAUUAUGACACUCGGCCUGAGCUACGCAGCGGUGCCUUUUUACCGCCUCUUUUGUGCCGCGACAGGCUACAGCGGCACGCCCAUGACCGACAAAUCGCAGUACGCAGACGUGUCGCGCCUGAGCCCAUCGUACCAUGACCCACUCAACGAGAAGAAUGCGACGCAGCGCAUCCGUGUCUCGUUCAACGCGAGCCACUCGGACCAGAUCCCCUGGUCCUUUGUGCCCCAGCAGCGCGAGAUUUACGUGCUGCCGGGCGAGACGGCGCUCACGUUUUUUAAGGCGCACAACCAGACGGAUCAAGAUAUUAUCGGUAUUGCCACGUACAACGUGCUUCCCGACCGUAUUGCGCCCUACUUUGCCAAGAUCGAGUGCUUCUGCUUCGAAGAGCAAAAGCUGCUCGCCGGCGAAGAGGUCGAUCUGCCCGUGUUCUUCUUCCUCGACAAGGAGAUGCUCGAGGAUGCAGAGUCGCGCGACGUGCGUGACGUGGUGCUGAGCUAUACCUUCUUUAGCGCGCGGCGCAACCCGGUGAACGGACAACUGGAACCGGAUACGGACUUGAGCAAGUACCGUGUGGGGAAGGAUGCCUAA